ACAUCACUAAGGACGGUGAGUAAUACAUUACGUACCGCUGACUACCGAACACUCAAUAAAUAUAAAACUUUGUUUACAUUCAUGUACAAUUUUGUAAACCUGACAGAAUGGAAAACAUGUAUUGUGCAUUAGAUGCCAUUAUUUGCUUUGGAUCAAACUUUAUAUCAUCAACUGUAAUCAGUCAAGCAGCUUCCUUGGCAGGUAUUAAUCAGCACAUAGGACGCAUGUAAACUACCCGGAAGUGCGAAGUAUUACGUUACCGCGCCCGGGGCUCUGAUAUUGAGAUGCGUAAUGGUAACAGAAUCUCGGACAUUAUUACACGGUGAACGGUCUUGUUUGAAGAAGAAAAAUGCUACACAGAUCGGGAUGGUUCUAAUUAAUGUUACAAAGAAGAAGGUGUGGGUCAGAAGACGGCGGUGUAACGGGUGUGAUAUCGUGUUUUACUGCUUCGUGGCUGUGUAUGUUAUGUUCGUCUUUGUCUUUGUGGUGCAGUACGAAAAUCUCACACAACCUAUUUCUGGGGAUCUUGGACGCAGUUUUCCUGUACAACGUGAAAUGGAUAGAAAGUUUCUUACACCUACCAAACUGGACAAAUUGUCGAUUUUUGCCCGAAUUCGCCAGCGACCAAACAGUAUUCAAGAUGAAAUGAUACUUCAUCAUUUACAAAUUCCAGCUCCAUUGCAAAGGAAAACAACAGAGUCCAUUUAUAUUUCGGGAUUUUAAUACCGUGUUGUUUAAAAUCAUUUCAAUUUUGUUGGAAAGUCAUUACUUGAUGUUGUUUGACAUAAUUGUCGAUGAUUAAUCUAUAAACGUUUGAUUCCUAAGAAAGAGUGUUUCAACGACACUUUGCAGGAAUGGAAUCUGAACAUAAAGAGUCGGGGUUCCUAUCGUCUUCGAGGUCAAAGACUGUGUGACCAAGCACUCUGAAGAGGUCAACUGAACGUCGCUUUGAAUCGCCGUAAAAGGUUAUUUCACAUUGUACGUGGUACAGUUGUUAAAUACUCAACAUAUUUUACAAUAUGCCUGAUUUUCAGAUAAAGAAGAGGCGAAAAGACCACAACGCUCACCUGAGUCACCUUAAUUGCUUAUUCAUCAGUAAAACUCAUAUAGAGUUUGGUACCUAUUGAACUGACAUUCAUGAUUUUUUUUUUUUUAAUAUUGUUUGCUUAUCAUCCCUCCCCAGCAAAAUAUUAUCGAUCUCUUUGAUUUUACUUGUUCAGAAUUUUAGAAAAAAUAUGCUAUGUGCCCUGUACAAUAGUAGUUGUAGUGUUAAACUGUUCAGUAGCGCUUCGAUCCUUAGAAAUAAAAUCGAAUUCUGAGUAACA